AUGGUGAUAAGACUCGCUGCUACUGCUCACAACCGAAUGCUUGGGUCCUUUUACAACUACCUCUUUGGCGCCAGGCUGGCUGCCUCGCCCAAGACCCAUCCUUACUCCACCGACAACGUGGCCCUCCCCGCUGACGCUGCUGCCUCGUUCCACCCGCGUUUGACCACCAUUUUCCAGCAGUUGGACGCCAUCGCCCCCAGGUUCACCACAAAGGGCUCCAAUAUCGACAUCUUGACGUCGCCGCAAGACUUUUACGAAACCCUCAAACACAAGAUCUUACAUGCAUCCAACCACGUGUUCCUCAGCUCUUUGUACGUGGGCAAGGGCCAGGUGGAGCUCGUGGAGACGCUCGCCGAGGCCUUGGCCAAGAACGUCGAGUUGAAGGUGUUUAUUUUGACCGAUGCGUUACGUGGAACAAGGGAGGCCCCCAACAACCCGUCCUCCGCCUCCUUGCUCGUCACACUUGUCGAGAAAUUCGGCAAGCACAGAGUCGAUAUUAGAAUGUACCAUACUCCUCACUUGAGCGGCUUCAAGAAGAACUUGGCCCCUAAGCGUGUCAACGAGAGCUUUGGUCUCCAGCACAUGAAGCUCUAUGGUUUCGACAAUGAGGUCAUGCUUUCUGGUGCCAACUUAUCCCACGAUUACUUCACUGACCGCCAGGACCGUUACUACUUGUUCAAAGACGCCGCCAUCACCGAUUACUACUUCAAGAUCCACAAGGCUGUUUCCAGCCUCUCCUACCAGCUCUUGCCAUCCACCAAGCCCCACAAAUACCAGACUUUCCGCUUGUCAUGGCCAACCUCCAACAGGUCCUGUGAGCCAGACAUGAACUUCCAGCGCUUCAUCUCCGACUCCUCCUACCUCCUUGAGCCAUUGUUGAAGCAGCAUCAACUUUCGGCUUUCGAGCAAUACUCCGACACAAAUGAGUUUGACACCAUCGUGUACCCUGUAUCCCAAUUCACUCCUUUAUUCCCAGCUCAGAACGACGCAUCAACAGAGAAGCCCGCCGUGUUACGCCUUUUGUCUUACUUGGACUCGUCCAAGAUCAAAUGGUGGUUCACCGCUGGUUAUUUCAACAUGCUUCCGCAGAUCCAGGACAGAUUGUGCAAUGGAAAAGCUGAAGGCACCGUUAUCACGGCAUCUGCUAAAGCCAACUCUUUCUACAAAUCCCCUGGUGUCUCUUACUACAUUCCCGAGGCAUAUCUUUUGAUUGCAAAGAAGUUUUUGGAGGAGCUUAGGCGCAGAGGAAAAGAGAGUCUCAUCAAAUUGUACGAAUGGCAGAACGGUGUUGUGAAUACCCCUGGUGGCUGGACAUACCAUGCAAAGGGUUUAUGGAUCACCGUUCCCGAGGAAGAGGAGCCCUCAAUUACUGUGGUCGGCUCCUCAAACUUCACCAAGCGUGCUUAUUCGUGUGACUUAGAGAGCAAUGCUAUCAUCGUUACAAAAAAUCAAGAUUUGAAGCAUCGCAUGCGCUCUGAGAUUGAUAACUUGAUGACUUAUGCUCAUCCAUUGGAGCUCGAGGAUUUUGACCCAAAGCUCAAACAGACUGAAGAGAAGCAGGAAGAUAGAAUUGACGCACAAGGUAAUCCUGUGACUCCCGAGGAAAUCUACGAAAUUGGAGAGGAUCGUAAGAUCAGCUACGGUGUUCACUUGGCAUUGAAGUUCUUUGGUGGUAAACUAUAA